CAUGCGCACUGACAGCCUGGUCCAGCUGCUGGGCUGUGCGCAGGCGCCGUGCGGUGCGCGUGGGAACCCAGUGGUGGUUUGACGUUGGCCCCGGAGAUGUCGUGUGGAUGCCGGUGUCUGGACCUACCCGCAAGGUUGGUCCGGUGAGGAGAGUACGUCGUGAGGGCCAAAAACCUGCUUGAAGCUUCCUACCUGACUCUCUUUCGCCCUGCGGAACUGCAUUGAAAAGAGCAUAAAAGCCACUGUUGGUGAUCACAGAAUCACUUCAGAACACCACAGUCCUGAUGUCAGAGGAGGAGAAAAACAUCACAGCUACUGAGGCACAGAAAUUGCCCAUGGACAGCAGGCAAUCCUGGGGCUGUCAAAGAUUUCAAAUCCCACCCCAAACCUAUCAUUGCCAUGGUGACAUCACUUCUGGGCAGAGUGGCAGGGUGUCCUUUCUCACUCUCCUUUUCCCUGAUGCCUGGAGGAGCUGAGUCCUGACAGUGCCACCCUUUUCUACCUGGACCUGCUGGGACAAGGCCAUAGCUUCUCCAUCUCAAUACCUGGAGGUAACCAGGCUGCUGGUACAUGGCCAGCCCUAGAAUAUCCCCCAUCAGCCCACAGUCCACUGCUGAUGUCUCUGUGAAUUUCCUUCUAGUCUUUUUUCCUCCUGCAUAUUUGUAUAUUGACAGCAUCCGGAUCAUACUCUAUAUAUAAAGUUUUGUAUUCUGUCUCUUUAAAAUAUCACAUUACAUCAUGAGCAUAUUAUUGGAAAUUUGACAAAGACUUGAUUUUUUGAUAGGCCCAUAAUAUUCUAUCAUGUAUCAUUCAUUGGUUGUUCCACAAAUAUUUGUUGAGUGCUUGCAAUGUGCCAGGUGUUGUGUGGCUUGUGCAAGCAGUUGACUGUAGGACAAAUGUGUGAGUCAAUGAAUACAGGGCAGGAGGCUCAGAGGCACUUGUUGCUAUUUCCAGGUUCACAGCUGUUCCAGGUAACUGAACUUGCCCAGGUAAGAGGAGCACCAAUGUAUUUUGGGUGGCUGGCAUCGGUACGAGCACUGGACCGAGCUCUAAAUAUCCCCAUUUGGGGAUGUUUCCUGGUAGAAGCAAAGGAAAGCUUUAGGACCAGUACUUGUCAGAGACAACUUCUUCCAUAAGCUGCUUCUUUACUUUUUAAACUUAUGUUUUCAAUAGGUAAUAUGCUUACAUUGUUCUAAUAUUCAAGACGAAAUAAUAAUGUACACAGUGAAAAGGCUCAUUCCCACCUCUUCCUCAUCUGCCAGGUACCCACCUCUGGUAACCAUUUUUAUCAUUUUUUUGGUAUGUAUUAUUCUAGAGUUUCUUUAUGCAAAUACAAGUUUCCUUUCCAGCACAAAAAAGUCAUCUACAAUUUAUAUACUUUUGCACCUUGCUUUUUGCACGAACAAUAUUUCUCAGCGAUAUUUCCAAAUAACUAAAGAUCUUUUUAUUACUUCUAUAGUCCUAUUACUCCUAUAUAGUAUUCCAUUAUAUGGUCAACCAUAACUCUCUAGCCAAUCACCUGUUAAUGGACAUUUGAGUUUCCCAUUAGGUUUGUCAUCUCACACAAGGCUGCACUGACAAACUUGUGUAUAUUUUAUUUUAUACAUGUAAUUGUUGGGUCAAAGGGUAAACACACUUGUAACUUUUGGUAUAUAUUGCUUAAUUACUUUCUACAGGAUUGUGCCAAUAUACAUUCCCAGCAGCAACACUCUUGACCCCACUUUUGGGCAGGAACCCAAGAUGAUUGCUUAUUAGGUCAACAGGCUGAACAUCUGCUCUAUACUAGAUCCCAUGAUAAACAGCCCCAGUGCAAAGAACAAGAUGCUAUUGGCACCUGCUUUUGAGCAGAGGGAGAGACAGACCUAUUUAUUGGACAAGCAAGUCAAUACGUGACAAAGCACUAUAGCAUGAUACAGGAAGUGCUGUGAGAAUGUGGGCCAAGGGAUAAUUUAUUCUGCAAGGAAAUCUUCAGAGGAAGCAAUAGUUAAGCUGGGCCCUGAAAGAUAAGCAAGUUGUCUAGGGGGAGAGAGGUAUUUGAGACAGCGGGGAGCAUGUCUAGAAGCUGAUUCCAAGAACCAUAGAUAGAGUUCAUGGAUGGAGCACGAGGAACUAAGAUUGGAGCUAAGAUUGGAGAGGCAAGCCAACACCAGGGAGAGACUUUAGCUGAUGAGCCUUCAUCCUGAAAGAACUGAGCAGUCUUUAUGGGCACAUAAGUGGCAGUGACGUGGUCAGAUCAUCUCCCAGCCACACUCUCUGCCCACUCUAUUCCUCUAGACUCCAACACGCCAGGAGCGUGGUAGUGUGCAUCCAUUUCACCCCGAGGGGUCAUUUGUUGCCUAAACUCAGACCUCACAAUAUCUCCACGUAGGCCAGUUAUGAUGCAAGAAGUUUGUGACUGUCCCUUGGGUUCCCAUUAAAACUGUCUUACAAAGAAACUCCAGGCACUGACACCUCCCAUCUUAGCCUAUUGCCAGAGUAUGAUCAGAGAAUGGGAGAAUGGCUGUCAGAAGACUGGAAAACAGAGGGCUAGAGAUUCAAGGGCCCAAGAAAGGAUGACUACAGAGGGGAAGUCAAAUAAGCAUGGAACACCAGUCCAGGUAUUCAAUAUAAGCGAUUCCUUUCAGGAUAAAGACUCCCUGUGCUGCCAGGGGGAUCCAUGUUCUGCUUCACCAUUGGGGAUAUGGACCAAAUUCUGCAAAUCAGACCCACGCGUUGCCCCCGGAAAAUACUCCCCCUUGGAAAAAGAGAUCCUACGUCUAGGUGGUGUUCACACCAUAGCAUCCAGGAGGUUUCUGACUUAUAAGCAAGAAGAAGAACGGAAAAUGCUCAAGGAACUACAGGUGCUGUCUUCAGACUAUAAAAGGGCGGUGGAAUAUAGGAAGCAACUCACCCCUCCUUGUGCCACCUGUGGACCCCUAGAAAAAAUAUGGACGGCGAAGGUGAUGGUGCCCCCAGAGGAGUUCAAAAUGCCACAGCGGGAGAGGCUGAACGUCAGCAAGCACAUAGAACGAAUGCAGCUCGCUCGAGCCCUGAGGAAUAAGCAGCCUCUACCCUACAUUGAAAGAUUUAGGAGCUCUUUGCUUCUGUCUGGAGGGGGCCUGGGCCUCCCGGCAAGGGACAAACCUGGGGAAGGCAAGGAUGACCGAGACGCCGAUCCCUGCGACUAUGCCCAUCAAGAGAAGAGAGAUGAGGCAGAGAGCAAAACCACGAAAAGACAGGAAAUAAAAAUGAACGUAAUUUUCAAGUCAGAAGAACCAAAAAAAUGUGUGACGUACCAUCCAAAUGAUCUAAAACCAUUCCUCCCUCCAAAAAAAGCAGAAAGAUCCACUGCUGGCUUAACGAACAGAAAUCUUUUGCACCUGGCCGAAUUCCCUGGAGACCUAAUGCUGCUGAGUCAGGAUUUUAUAUCACGGGGAAUCCACCCCAGUGACGUGUCAAAGGCCAGCUGCCUGGAAGAAGGCAGCGCCUGGAAAGAGUACAUGCACACAGCUGCUUCCCACCAUUAUUAAAGGUUUAUUUAUUCCCCAUGGAAACCGAGUGCCCUGGUCCUUAUUACUCCUGCAGCUCUGCCCCAGGUGGCUUCCCUCUUUCUCUUUUUUUCUUUCUUUUCUUUUCUUAGCUUUAAAAAAAUUUUAUUUAAAAAGUUUUAAAUUUUAUUUAUUUAUUUUUAAUGUUUUUAAAAUUUAUUUAUUUUAUUUACUUAUUUUUGGCUGGGUUGGGUCUUCGUUGCUGUGCACAGGCUUUCUGCAUUUGCAGCGAGUGGGGGCUACUCUUCUUUGAGGUGCGCAGGCUUCUCAUUGCAGUGGCUUCUCUUGUUGCUGAGCACGGGCUCUAGGCGCUUGGGCUUCUGUAGUUGUGGCACGUGGGCUCAGUAAUUGUGCCUUGUGGGCUCUAGAGUGCAGGCUCAGUAGUUGUGGUGCACGGGCUUAGUUGUUCCACGGCAUGUGGAAUCUUCCCGGACCAGGGCUCGAACCCAUGUCCCCUGCACUGGCAGGCGGAUUCUUAACCACUGCGCCACCAGGGAAGCCCCCAGAUUUUUAUUUUAUGUUGGAGUAGAGUUGAUUAACAAUGUGUUAGUUUCAGGUGUACAGCAGAGUGAUUCAGUUAUACGUAUACAUGUAUCUAUUCUUUUUCAAAUUCUUUUCCCAUUUAGGUUAUUACAGAGUAUUGAGCAGAGUUCCCUGUGCUAUACAGACCCGAUCUCCAGGGCGUCCUCAAGGUAAGACCUAGCUGCUGAGGCUUCCUGGUGUCAGGCAGCUGUUGGCUGUCAGCUGCUCCCCCGACCCCAAGCAGCCCAGGCCUUCGCAGGAUGCAGACUCCUCUUUUUCAUCUGCUCCCACGGGACCUGCAUCAGCAGCUGUAGCAGGCCAGCCCCAGGCUUGUUCACGGGGCUGCUGCAGGAGCCGAGAGAGCAAGCAAAAGUCUGCAAGGACUCUUGAAGCCAAGACCAGAACCGGCACACCACCACUUUGCCACACUCUGUUGGCCAAAGCAAGAUACACAGCCAGGUCCAGAUGCAAGGGUGUGUAAAUGGACUUCACCUCUUGUUGGGGGGAGGUGGAAAGUCGUACUGCAAAAGCUCAGGGAGGCUGGUACAGACAGGACUGUGGCUGCAGUCAGUCUGCCCCAGAGCCCCUGGGGCUGGAGCUGGGACCAGCCUGUAGCCCAGAUCGGGGGAAAGAACCCUGCUCAGGAAAGAGGCUGCCCACGCCUAAAGGCUAGAGGUCUGUUCCAUGCUCCCCACUUCUUGCCUAGACAUGCAGCUUCUACCUUGGAAGGCAGAGCCAGCCUGUUCCCGGCCUGAUCUCUGCCGCCUUCCUCUUCUGCACAGCCACGUGACUUACACCCUCCCCAUCAAGUCAAGUGCAGGCACGGGACACGCAAGGCUGUAGCAGGCACAAUUCCUUUGGAUGUGUCAGGAGGAUAAUCCAAGGUCUCUGCGGUCAGUUAUUGCUACUCCCAUGAAGGCCCUGCCUUGGCCCCAAGGUGGCAGAUCUGGGAGAUAUUUCAGUGUUUGAGAAGAUGGCACAUUCGUUUCUUGUCUGCAUCUGAAACCCAGAAGGAUCCCCCGGUUAAUCACACGCUGUCCUCGGCAACUCUGCACAGUUGGAAAGACACUGAGCUUGCCCACAGGUACAGCUUCCGGGGACAAGGCCAGCAUUCUUUCUAGAUCGUUCCUCUCCGUGGAUUUUUCGCAAUUGGCUCUUUCAGAACCACAGCUCUCCUCCAAGCAGAGGGGGAGUCAUGGGCGGGAGGCUGACCCUCUCCCAUUUUCCAGGAGAACUCCAUUGGCCAUAGCCACAGGUUAAGAGAAAGUAUUGUAUCGGUAGCAGCUAUUGCCAAGAGAGCGAUUUAGGGAGAGGUAGCAUAAUUCCAAAGUCAUCAGUGGAAGAAUCAGUAUAAACCAAAGGGAUGCUCGAACUUUUCAACUGGGGCAAAGUUGGAAAUUAAGGAGAAGGAAAAUAUUAUUUCCAAUAUUGAUAUAACUUCUCCAAUGGCUAUAAAAUUGUGAAUAUCAAAGCAACACAUGAAAACUCAAACUGGUUUGAAAACAUUUUAAAGCUAUUUAGCUGGAUCCUAAACAUUGCUCAAGAUCAGCUCUGCAAUGUGGUAGAAAGUUCUUUGCAUGAGAAGCGAGACCAGUGCUCCUCUUAGAGAUCUACCACCAACCAGCUGGGAAGUGUGGGUAAACCACAAGGCUCUCUGUGACUCAGCUUCCUCAGCAGUUAAAUGAGCUCAUCAACUAGAGCAUCACCAAGGUCCAGUUCUGGGAUUCAUUUAACUAGCUGUUUGCAGUGGAGUUUGCAUUGCUCACCAUCUGCUUAGUGUCACAACCUAAGAACUGUGUUACAGCACCAGGUGGUGCUGGUCUGGAGACAUUUUCACUAAGUCCAGUAGUCACCUCUGAGAAUAGAUCAGGGAAGGUGUUAACAACCUUGUUGAUAGUGUCAUUUUAAUUACAACAAACAUUAAUUACUUGGAGCCAUCCAGAAAUAACCCACAGUUAACCAUACAGAUAUACGCCCAGGAGAGGGAUUGCUGGAUCACAUGCCACCUUUACUCAGAAUACUACCCAGCCCUGGUCUGUGGAGAGGACGGAUGAGCUCCCCAAUGGAUAUAAAUGCAAGAAUUGAGUCAACACGGGAACCCUGGGGAAAAGGCGGUUCCUCAUCUUACAUCCCAGCCCAAGCACCUGCCUUCAACUCCAAAGUGUCAGGCUGGCUGUCCUCCCAGCAGUGUCCAAGCACGGCUGUGGCUGCCUGGGGAGAAAAAAUGGGCGUCAUCUCCUGCUGAGCACCCAGGCUUUAUUCUCACGGAAACAUUCAAGGGUCUCUUGGGCAUUUUGUAAGCUGCCUCCCCAGCAUGGAUUCCCUCCUCGUUGACAGAGAACCACAGGUUUAUUCAGUUUCUCUUCCCCCCUGAAUGUCCCAUGGGCUUUGGGAGAGGUUGAUCCCAGACCCAGCUCUGAGAACUGGCCUCAGUGGUGGAAGAGGUGGUGUGAGUGUCACCAGGGGACUCCCUGUCCUGGUUGGUGAUGGUGCAGGAAUGAGCGUGUCCCCUAAAUGGGCCACUGAAGUGAAAGGAAAGGUCUGGCUGCAGGGGAGGUGGGAGAGGUCUGCUCUCCACUUCCUCCCAACUGAGAGUGAAGUCAAGUCACAAGGCAAGAGGAGGGUGGGGCUGCCAGUCCAGAGCCACUGGGCAACCUCACCUCCAAAACCUCCACUCUUCCAGCCCCAGGAGUCAUCCCCAUCCUUGUUGUUGAAGGCAUUUGAGAUGGGGUUUCAAUCACACGCGGCAGGAAACAUCCUCACCCAUUUAAGGUCUCAUGAAUCCAAGGACAGAAAGUGCUUCUAAGUUUCCUUAGAGACUCAGAAGAACAAGAGCUGUCUUCUGUUUGGGCCCCCCUAGCUGAGCAGACCUGCUCCAUCUCACUUUUCUUGAGGAAAGGCUAUAUUGGCUAUACUGGAGGAAAGCCUCCAAUCCAAUGUUGACUAAACUUGAUGACAGUCAUUCUGUAGUGUUCUAGGCUUGCUCCUGACGUCUCAGUUAUAAAUUAUAUGUUUUGCUGUAUGUUCUUUCUUGUUGUGAGUUAUGAACUUAAACUUGUUUCCUUCAAUGACUAGUUUCUAAGCGUUUUGUUACAACAUUAAUAGCUAUUCAGUUUUGUUGAAUUUGCUUCUGUAUCCAUUGAGGUGUUAAUAUGGAUUUUAGUGUUAAUUCUAUUAAUAUGAGAAAUUUCAUUAAUAGAUUUUCUGAUUUCAAAUUAUGUUUGCAUUCUUAGGGUAAAACCUUACUUUUUUUCCCCCUUGUUUACUAAUUUUAUUCAAAUUCAGUCCUUGCACACACAAAAAAUAAAACUUUAAAAACCAACAAAGAAGGAAAUUAUCUCAUCUACUGAUAAAUUUAAAUAAAUUUAAAUAGAAAGUGGUUAGUAGCAGUAUCCAACUAUAUCUAUGUAAAACCUUACUUUUUAAGAAUAUUUUAUAAACUACUAAAUUCAGUUCCCUAAAGUUCUAUCCUAUUCCAUUUUCUUUUAUCUUAUAUUUGCAUCUAUGUUCAUAACUUUGCCUAGUUUCCUCUCCUGUACUGUCCUUGCCUAUUACUCACAUCAGAUCAUAAUUUUAUGAGAUUAUUCUAAAUUUAAAACGAUUUGGGUAGCCUUUUUACUUCCUCUAAGAUAUUUUGAAUAAGGUAAAGAUGAUUGGGCUUUCCUGGUGGCGCAGCGGUUAAGAAUCCGCCUGCCAAUGCAGGGGACACGGGUUCAAACCCUGGUCCGGGAAGAUCCCACAUGCCACGGAGCAAGUAAGCCCGUGCGCCACAACUACCGAGCCUGUGCUCUAGAGCCCACGAGCCACAACUACUGAGCCUGUGCGCCUAGAACCCGUGCUCUGCAACAAGAGAAGCCACCACAGUCAGAAGCCCGCGCACCGCAACCAAGAGUAGCCCCCGCUUCCCGCAACUAGAGAAACACCGCGCGCAGCAACAAAGACCCAAUGCAGCCAAAAAUAAAUAAAUAAAAUAAUUUUAUAUAAAAAAAAGAUAAAGAUGAUUGAAAACAGUGAUAUUUCCUUGUAAAAUUGCCUGAAACUAUGGCCUUUGAGCAGAAAACUUUUUUUUUUUUCACUCUGGAUAAUUUCAGGGCAUCCGCCAUCAUAUUUUAUUAAAUAAUCUCUGAAUUCCUAUUUUUUCUUCCACUUUUAUUGAGAUAUAAUUAACAUACAGCACUGUAUAAGUUUAAGGUGUAUAGCAUAAUGAUUUACCUUACAUACAUCAUGAAAUAUUUAUCAUAAUAAGUUUAGUGAUCAUCCAUAAUCUCAUAUAGUUAUAAACUAAAGAAAUAGAAAAAAUUUUUUUCCAUGUGAUGAAAACUCUAAGGAUUUUCUUUCUUAGCAACUUUAAUGUAUAACAUACAGUGUUGAUUGUAUUUAUCAUGUUGUACAUUACAUGCCUAGUACUAAUUUUUCUUAUGACUGGAAGUUUGUCUUUUUUGACUGACUUCAUCCAAUUCUCCCUCCCCCACCCACCUCCUCUGGUAACCAUUAAUCUGAUAUCUUAUUCUGUGAGUUUGUUUGUUUGUUUGUUUGUUUUUGAAGUACAACAACUUUAAACACUCUGUUAGUUCCUGCUACAUAACAUAGUGAAGAGAUAUUCCUGUACAUUUCAAAGUUUUGUUACGAUGUCACCAUAGAAAGAUAUUACUUAGUUAUCGAUGGUAUUCCUCACACUGUACAUUUCAUACUUGUGACUCAUUUAUUUUGUAACUGAAAGUAUCUACCACUUAAUCUCUGUCACCUAUUUCUUUCCUCCUCCUACCCAUUUCCUUUCUGGCAAUCACCUGUUUUUUCUCUAUGUCUGUAAUUCUGUCUGUUUCAUCAUGUUUGUUCAUUUGUUUUGUUUUUUAGAUUCCACCUAUAAGCAAAAUCAUGCAGUAUUUGUCUUUCUCUGUCUGACUUAUUUCACUUAUCAUAAAACCCUUUGGGUCUAUCAUGUUGUUGCAAAUGACAAAAUUUCAUUCUUUUCUAUGGCUUAGUAACAUCGCAUUGUAUGUAUGUACCACCUCUUCUUUGUCCAUUCAUCUAUUGAUGGGCCCUUAAAUUGCUUCCAUAUCUUGGCUAUUGUAAAUAAUGCUGCUAUGAUCAUUGGAGUGCAUAUAUCUUUUCAUUUUCUUCAGAUAAAUACCCAGGAGUGGAACUGCUGGUUAAUAUUGUAGUUGUAUUUUUAAUUUUUUUACAAAUCUGCAUUGUGUUUUCCAUAGUGCCUGCACCAACUUAUACUCCCACCAACAGUGCACAAGGAUUCCCUUUUCUGCACAUCCAUGCCAACACUUGUUAUCUUUUUUCUUUUGGAAAUAGUUGUUCUGAUACGUGUGGGUGAUAUCUCAGUGUGGUUUUGAUUUGCAUUUCUCUGGUGAUUAGUGAUGUUAAGCAUCUUUUCAUGUUCCUGUUGGCCAUCUGUAUGUCUUCUCUGGAAAAUAUCUAUUCAGACCCUCUUUUUUAAUCAGAUUGUUUAUUUUUCACGUUGAGUUGUAUGAGUUCUUUGUAAAUUUUGGAUAUUAAUCCCUUUUAGGACUCGAAAUAGAAUAGGACCCUAUAGGGCUUUCCUGAGGACAGACGCCCUCCUGUUUCCCUCCUCUUGUUUGGAGAGAAGAUUUAGCAUCCUACACCUUCCCUGAGUUCCAAAGAACAAAUUUAAUCAGAGAAGUGAGAAUAUGCAGAAACAAAGGAAAGCAAUCAAGCAAGACAACAUAAUAAGAGCUUAACCAUAAAACAAAGUCAAGGACCUUUAGUUCCUCCUUAAGGGCUAUAGAGAAUAUCCUGAGCCAUAUCCUUGAGUUGUUUUGCAGGUACUAAAACCCCGACCAGGUGAAGGAAGUUAACUGUAUGCUGACCACCAGUAUGUAGACCCCAGACCUUUUUGAACCAGAAGGUUGAUGAUUGAGAUUCCUGAAACAUCACACUGUUACCUCACCAUCAACCAACCAGAGAAUUGUGCAUGAGCUGAAAUACACCCUGUGACCCUCUCCCUCACACUGUCUUUAAAAACCCUCCCCUGAAAAUCAUCCAAGAUUUCAGGCCAUAUGAACAUAAGUUGCCCAUUCUCUUUGCUUAGCACCCAGAAAUAAAUGCUGUACUUUCCUUGACCACAACCCAGUGUCAGUAUAUUGGCUUUGCUGCACAUCAGGCAUGUGGACCCAAGUUCAGUUCAGUAGCAGAUAUAUCAUUUGCAAAUAUCUUCCUUAUUUCAGUAGCAGAUAUAUCAUUUACAAAUAUCUUCUUUCAUUCAGUAAGUGGUCUUUUUGUUUUGUUGAUAGUUUCCUUCCCUGUGUGAAAGAUUUUUCUUUGAAGUAGUCUUAUUUAUUUUUACUUUUGUCUCCCUUGCCCAAGGAGACAUAUCCAAAAAAUAUUACUAAGACCAAUGUCAAAGAGCUUAUGUUUUCUUCUAGAAGUUUUAUGGUUUCUAGUCUUACAUUUAGGUCUUUAAUCAAUUUUGAAUUUAUUUUUGUGACCAAUAUAAGAGGGUAGUUUAGUUUCAUUCUUUUGCUGGACAAGUAACUGUCCAGUUUUCCCAACACAGUUUAUUGAAGAGACUGUCUUUUCCCCAUUGUAUAUUCUUGCCUCCUUUAUCUUACGUUAAUUGCCUAUAUAUGUGUGGGUUAACUUCUGGGCUUUCCAUUCUGUUCCAUUGAUCUAUGUGUCUGUUUCUCUGCUGGUACCAGACUGUUUUGAUUACUGUAGCUUUAUAACAUAGAUUGAAAUCAGGCAGCAGAGAGAUAGCUCCAGCUUUGUUCUUCUUUUUCAAGAUUACUUUGACUAUUCAGGGUAUUUUGUGUUUCCAUACAAAUUUUAGAAUUAUUUGUUCCAGUUCUGUGAAGAAUGCUAUUGGUAUUUUGAUAGGGAUUGCUUUGAUUCUGUAGAUUGCCAUGGAUAUUACAGUCAUUUUACCAAUAUUAAUUCUUCCAAUCCAUGAACUUGGUAUAUCUUUUCAUCUGAUUGUGUCAUCUUCAGUUUCUUUCAUUAGUGUCCUAUAGUUUUCUUGGUACAGGUCUUUUACCACCUUAGGUUUAUUCCUAGGUAUUUUAUUCUUUUUGAUGUGAUUGUGAAUGGGAUUGUUUUUUAAAUUUCAUUUUCUGAUAGUUUGUGUUUAGUGUAUAGAAGUGAAACAGAUUUCUUUAUAUUAGUUUUGUAUCCUGCCACUUUACCAAGUUCAUUGAUGAGUUCCAGUAGUUCUUGGGUUUUAUCUUUAGGAUUUUGUAUGUAUACUACGAUGUCAUCUGCAAACAGUGACAUUUAACUUCUGCCUUUCCAAUUUGGACUCUUUUUAUUUCUUUUUCUUUUCUGAUUGCUGUGGUUAGGAAUUCCAAUACUGUGUUGAAUAAAAGUGGCAAGAGUGGGCCUCCUUGUCUUGUUCCUGAUAUUAGAGGAAAUGUUUUCAACUUUUCACCAUUGAGUAUGGUAUUAGCUGUGGGCUUGUCAUAUAUGGCUUUUAUUAUGUUGAGGUGUGUUCCCUCUAUACCCAUUUUGGUGAGAGUUAUAUUUCUUUAAAAAACUAUGGUUUUUUGAUGCAGGACACUUUGAAUUACUAAUACCAUUUUUUGGGCAAACAAUAAACAUUUAUUGAAUCAAAGAAUUAAUGAAUGGAUGAAUGGAUAAAAUAGUUAUUUUAAAAAUCUCAUUACCCUUGUUUUCAUGAGACCUUUUUUUUUUUUUUUUUUGGCCAUGCCAUGCAGCUUGUGGGAUCUUAGUUCCCCAACCAGGGAUUGAACGCAGGCCCCAGCAGUGGAAGUUCGGAGUCCUAACCACUGGAUCACCAAGAAAUUCCUGUCAUAAGACUAUUUUUAAAAGCAGUUUUAGGUUUAGAGCAAAAUUGUGAGGGAGUCACAGAGAUAUCCCAAGCCCCACACAUGCAUAGCCUAGUCUAUUAUCAUCAUAACUCAUCAGGGUGGUACAUUUGUCACAACUGAUGAAUCAAAAUUGAAGCAUCAUAAUCAUCUGAAGUCGGUGGUUUCCAUUAGACUUCACUCUUGGUGUUCGAACAUUCUGUGGGUUUGGACAAAUGUGUAAUGACAUAUAUCCAUCAUUAUAAUAUCACACAGAGUAUUUUCAUUGCCCUCAAAAUCCUCUGUGCUCCACAUAUUCAUCACUCCUCCCUAAGCCCUGCAAACCACUGACCUUUUUACUGUCUUCAUAGUUUUACAUUUUCUAGAAUGUCAAAUAGCUGGAAUGGUAAAGUAUGUAGCUUUAUCAGAUUGGCGGCUUUCACUUAUCAAUAUGCCUUUAAGUUUCUUCCAUUUGUCUUUUCUUUUUUUGGUUUUGUUUGUUUGUUUUUUCGGCUGUGUUUGAUCUUCAUUGUUGUGCGUGGGCUUUCUCUAGUUGCGGUGAGCAGGGGCUACUCUCCAUUGCAGUACACGGGCUUCUCAUUGUGGUGGCUUCUCUUGUUGUGAAGCACUGGCUCUAGGUGCACAGGCUUCAGUAGUUGCAGCAUGUGGCCUCAGUAGUUGCGGCACGCAAGCUUCAGUAGUUGUGGCUCGUGGACUCUAGAGCACAGGCUCAGUAAUUGUGGUGCAUGGGCUUAGUUGCUCCAUAUCAUGUGGAAUCUUCCCAGACCAGGGAUUGGACCCAUGUCCCCUGCAUUGGCAGGUGAAUUCUUAACCCCUGCACUACCAGGGAAGUCCCUUUUCAUGGUUUGAUAGCUCAUUUCUUUUUAGUGCUGGAUAAUGUUCCAUUCCUGGAUGUACUACACUUUAUUGAUUCAUUCACCUACCAAAGGACGUCUUGGUUGCUUCUGAGUUUUGACAAUUAUUAAUAAAGCUGCAUAACAUUCGAGUGCAGAUUUUUGUGUGAACAUAAGUUUUCAAUUAUUUUUGUGUAAAUACCAUGAUACAUGAUUAGAUUCCACAUAUAAGUGAUAUCAUAUGAUAUUUGUCUUUCUCUGUCUGACUUACUUCACUUAAUGUGAUAAUCUCUGGGUCCAUCCACAUUACCGCAAAUGACACUAUUUCAUUCUUUUUUAUGGCUGAGUAUUAUUCCAUUGUGUGUAUAUAUAUAUAUAUAUAUAUAUAUAUAUAUGUAUGUAUACCACAUCUUCUUUAUCCAUUCAUCAGUCAAUGGGCAUUUAGGUUGCUUCCGUGUCUUGGCUAUUGUAAACAGUGCUGCUAUGAACAUUGGGGUGCGUGUAUCUUUUUGAAUUAGAGUUUUCUCCAGAUAUAUUCCUAGGAGCAGGAUUUCUGGAUCAUAUGUUAACACUAUUUUUGGUUUUUAAGUAACUUCCAUUCAGCUCUCCAUAGUGGCAGCACCAAUUUACAUUCCCUCCAACAGUGUAGGUGGGUUCCCUUUUCUCCACACCCUCUCCAGCAUUUGUUAUUUGUAGGCUUUUUAACUAUGGCCAUUCUGACUGGUGUGAGGUGAUACCUCAUUGUGGUUUUGAUUUGCAUUUCUCUAAUAAUUAGUGAUAUUGAUUAUCUUUUCAUGUGCCUGUUGGCCAUCUGUGUGUCUUCUUUGGAGAAAUUUCUAUUGAUAUUUAGGUCUUCUGCCCAUUUUUUGAUUGAGCUUUUUUUUUAUAUUAAGCUGUAUGAGUUGUUCAUGCUGUCUUGAUAACUGUAGCAUUAUAGAAAAUUUGAAGUCAGAUAGUGUCAGUCUUCCAAUUUUGUUCUUCUCCUUCAAUAUUUUCUUGUCUAUUUUGUGUCAUUUUUCUCCACAUAUAAAGUUUUCAGUCAGCUUGUCCAUACCCACAAAAUAACUUGCUGGGAUUUUGAAUGGGAUUGCAUUGAAUUUAUAGAUCAAUUUGGGAAGAACUAAAAUCUUGACAAUAUUGAGUCUUCCUGCCCACGAACAUGGAUUAUCUCUCCAUUCACUUAGCUACCCUUUGAUUUAAUUCAAAAGAGUUUUGUAGUUUUUCUCAUGUAGAUCACGUAAAAAUUUUGCUUGAUUAAAACCUAAGCAUUUCACUUUUGGGGUAUUAAUGUAAAUUAUAUUGUGUUUUUUACUUCAAAUUUUGUUUGUUCAUUGCUAAUAUAUAGGCAAGCAACUGACUUUUGUAUAUUAACCUUUUUAUUCUGCAGCCUUGGUAUAAUCACGUAUUACUUCCAAGAGGUUUUUUUUUUUUUUCUUAACAGUUCUUUCAUAUUCUCUAAGAGACGAUCAUGUCAUCUGUGAACAAAGUUAAUCUCUUCCUUACCAAUCUGAAUACUUUUUACUUACUUUCUUUGCCUUAUUGCAUACUGGAAGCAAAACUUUCCAGUAUGAUGUUGAAAAGGAGUGGUGAGAGGGAAUAUACGUGCCCUGUACCAGAUAUUCAUGGGAAGAUUUGAAUUUCUCAUCAUUAAGUGUGAUGCCUGCUAUGGGGUUUUUAUGCAUAUUCUUUCUGAAGUUGAGGAAGUUUCCCUCUGUUCCUAUUUUACCCUGAAUACUGAUGAUGAAUGAGUUGAAUUUUGUCAAACGUUUUCAUGCAUAUAUUGUUAUGAUCAUGUGAUUUUUCUUUUUCACCCUAUUGAUGUGCUGGAUUACAAUAAUUGACUUUUGAAUGUUCCACCAGCCUUACAUACCCAUAAGUAAUCCCACAUGAUUGUGUGUAUACACUAUUGGAUUCAACAUACUAACACUUUGUUGAAGAUUCUUGCCCAUAUGGCUUUGAAAUUAUUUCAAAAUAGAUUAUUAUUUUUUUAACUGUCAGAAGUUAUGCCUUCAAGAUACCAUUGAUCUCCUUCAAGAUUCCUAUUACAGUCUUUGCAGGAGUGUUCUUAAAAAUUAAUCUGGAGUGACGAGGUAAAUCUGUAGAGACAGAAGCAGAUGGAUGGUGGCAAGGUAGUGUCAGUCUUCCAACAGGAUGGAGGGGAAAAGAGAUGACCAUUUAUGCUGUGGGCUUCAUUUAGGGCUGAUGAAAAUGCGUUGGAACUAGAUAGACUUGGUGGCUGUACAACACGGUGAUAACACUGAACUCCACUGAAGUACCCUUGAAAUGGUUCAUUUUAUGUUAUGUAAAUUUGACGUCGUUAAAAAUAAUCUCAGUCUCCCAGUUCAUUGGGAUUGACGUAUAUACCCCAAUAUGUGUAAAAUGGACAACUAAUAAGAACCUGCUGUAUAAAAAAAUAAAUAAAAUUAUAAAAUAUAAAAAAAAAACCAUAAAAGAGCCAAAUGGCUUUUAGAACACCUUUGAGGAAACUUGUCACUGAUUAAAUAAAGUUGGUCAUUUAGACACGUGAGGCAAAACAAAAAACCAUCUCCCCAAACACACUAACCCAGAGUAAACUUCUGUGCCAGGUGUUGAUUUCCUUGGCCAACAUGCUUAGCAUUUCCUUCAAUAAAUGUGUUGUGAUUUCGUUUUGUAGGUCCAUGUGGAGCGGGAUAUCGUCAUGAUCCCUGUGUCUCCCGCAGCCCUCUCCCCAUUCUCCGUCCCCACACUCUCCUCUCCUGGUCCUAGUGGUUUCACAGUCACCUCCCUGUGGCUCUUUCCUGGGCCAGCUGGAUCUCCUGCAGAGAUACUGCAGAUCUAGUUGCAGAUCCAGUCAGAGAUCCAGGAGUGCCUGCGCUGUGUCCACCUUCUGUCUCCCACAGCGGGGCCCCAGGUCCAGCAGAAGAUCUUCAUCAGCCUCCCUUAGCUGGUGGUCGUUGGGUGGGUGGGUGCACAUCAGUCCCCAUGUGGUUGGCCAGCUCCUGGCCCUCCCAGCAGGUCAUGUCAUUGGAGGACACGGCGGCUCCCAGCUCUCAGUUGACCCCUGAGCUUCAACCUACUGGCCAUUUUUGUGUCAUCAGUGUUUCCAGAUCUUAGAAACAUUACUUUUCUAUUUGAACCCAUGUGAGCUUUUGAUUUUUUCCUAUGUUAUCCAUAUAGUCAUGGGCUGAAUUUCAGGGAGGUUUUUACGCAAAGGCAAAGGAACAUUUCUCAAAGUGACUGGUGAGCCAACUCUGUAAGAAUCACAGUUGGGAACGGGAGGACUGUAGAUCACUGCCCUGCACCAGCUCAACCAGAGAGGCUCCUGAGUGACUCUAAAGUUUGAAAUGACUUAGCUUUAAAACAAUUGAGCCUAUUUAAAAUCUUGAACCUGUUUUCAUGUUUACCCUGAAGGAAUUCAGAACUUGCCACCAGAAAGUAUGUUGAUGUGGCAUAUUGACUGUUUUGACUUAAAGACACUUGAAAAAAGACAAAUCGAAAGCAACAGCACACUCACGCGCACUCUGACCUUCCUUCUUUUUCUUAAAAACAGGAGACAAGUUGCCAUUGAAAUGCAUCCUCCUGAUGCCAGAAGGAAAUAACAUCCUUAUCAUCAGGACAUAAAGUUGAGUCCAGAGCAUUCUAUACACAGAGACCUUGGUAAAAUAAUUCUAAGUAUCUUGUCUUCCUCACAUAGUGUAAUUACUUUUCCACCGUUGUUUCUCUUUGUUGAAACACAUAUAAAAGCAAGUAGGUUUCCCAAUUUGGGGGGGGUUCCAUUUCUUAUGAAGUCUCUCCCCACGUCAUGUAAAACUUGCAUUAAAUAAACUUGUAUGUUUUCCUCCUGU